UGAUGUGUCAAGGCAUUUGUGGUUUGCUAGAAGGGAACGCGAAAUAUUAAUAUGGACGCUGCCAUUUUAGUGCAAUCUAUGUUCCUUCGCAUUCUGAAUUCGUACUACUAAAGUGAUCUGGAUCUUUGUAUGUGUGCUGUCCGUACGCCCAUGCCUUUUAUAAUGGCUGGCCUGCUUUGCUGUUACCCUAAAGUAGAAGUCUUGUCCUUUUAAAGAACUGGGCAUCCAGCCAGCCCUGCUUCCGUGUGUCUGUCUGUGCACCUUUCCCAUUCUAGCGUGUGUGCACUCAUUCAGUUGGCAAUCCUCUCUCUGGGUUGUAUCACUUCAGCAGCUGAAGGCCUCUUUCAAUGGAAUCUUCCUUAAUAAACAUUUUUAAAACCUCCCGAUAUGAUAAUCAUAGGAGAGGGGAAAGCGUUCUAAUCUUUUCCUCUCUUUCCUGCAUCAGCUUCUGAUGCCGACAGAUUUUCUCUGUGCGGAGAAUCCUUCGUUCACUUGCAGAAAUGACAGAGCCCAGAGUCCAUAAGUUCAUUCCUUUGCUAACCUUGUGGUCUCCGUUACCUACAGCAUACUGCAAAUCUAACGUUUAUGUGUAUCUUUUAUAUCUCAGUCAGUUUUUAUUUCUUCGAGCACUGCAAAAAUACUCUGAGGACUGCCUGUCUUCUGAUAAUAGAACCAAAGCUGACCCAUCUUCAGGGCCGAGGCUCAUAACAUGCAGAAAAUACAAUUAUCUUAGGUCUGGGUGUGACCAAAGAAUCAAUAGAGACUUUUAUCCAGAUUUGGAAAACGAUGAUUUGUUUGUCCGUAAGACUGGUGCCUCCCACGUGAAUCCAGUCAUUCUCCAAGAUUUUGAGUAUUUUAGAAGGUCUUCUCAACAAAGCCCUCGCAUAGAAGGAGAAAUUGUUCUCCAGCCCAGAGAUGGGGAAGGUGAAAUAAUUCCAGAUUUAGAAAAAGACGAUCUGACUGUUCGCAAAGUUCACCUGCAGAAGAAAGAAGUGCCUUUAUCUGGUGCCCCUGACAAAUACCAGCCUGCUCUCUUUCCGGACCCUUGGAGCCUGCCCCCAGAAGUCCAGGCCAAGUUUCUAUGCCUGCUUGAAAAGUCCACCAUAAAGAAUGAGUGUGAAAGCGGCGGAAAAAUCUUACCUCCUUCACGGCAAAAGAAGGAUGAUAUGCUGGCCCGAAAAAUUGACCUGUUCAGCAUAGGGGGGAAUGUGCAAUGCAAGAGCUUCUCUCCAGGAGUGUGUAGCAAAGAAGAUAUGCAAAAAUGGGAAGCCAUCAGAGAGGCCAGCAGAAUCAGGCAUAAGAAACGGCAAAUGGUUGAAAGGUCAGCUCAUGGAUCGUGGCCAUGCAUGGAUCAUGCUUGUAUCUGAGUAUUUGGACAUAGUGCUUAGUAAAGAAAUGUGGCAUUUGGUUUUCAACAAAGCAUGCCUUGGUGUGACAUUUAAGCCUGUGGUGUUCAUGUAUACCCCCCUAAGUUCUGGUGUUGAUCAUUAAGCUCAUCACAGCUCACAAUCCAUCCAUCAGAGCCUAUAGCACUAUUUGCCUAGUAGCCUAAUGUAACCCCAAGAUUGCAUUUACUGUCUGUGUUGGGCCAAGAAUACCUGUUUCUGGCCGGUAUGCCUUAGUGUCCAAUUGUUCUUGAAAACAUGUAUAUUUGAAGCCUGUAGUUGAAUAAACAUAAGCCAAUGUGCGUCACUUUGA